AUGGCGUCUAGAGUGCCUCUAUCCUCCGCCACUGGAAUCGCUGUCAAAGAUAUCGAAGCAAGAAAGAUUUUCAUUGUAGCUGGAAUAGACGCAGAAAUCCAAUACCAACAGGAGAUAACCGGGAUGGAAGUUCCUCGUCCACCUUACGUACCAUCGGGUCGUCGCACGACGGAAGAAGGAAGGAGCGAUAGUGUCAGUGACUGCCGCAAUCACAGCAGUCCUGAUCUAUGGUCUUCUGCCGACCCCGACUACAACUCUGACGACGACACCAUAUCUGACGUCGACUCUCGGAACGAUCUCCCCAAAUGCUCUAACCGGAACUGCCGUUAUCAGAGCGAAGAAAUCAUUCCAGGCAAUCUUUUGAGUUGCCCAGUCUGCUUGUUGGUUGCCCUCCGUGCUGGAAUCGACAUGGGUGGAAAAGGAAGCAAGAGAUCAGCAGAAGCAAAAGCAAAGGAACGCGAGCUACAAAGGGAUCAAGCUUCGAAGCAAUCAGCCACAGAAGAAGUUAUGCAUAGUGACUCUCAAGAUCAAACUUUGGGAGGAGCUCACGGACACCCUUCUGCAGAACUUGGUCACGCUCGCUGGUCUCAAUCUGAGAUUGAAGUGACGAUGACUCUGACUGAACUCGCAGGGAGCUCCCCAGAGAAGUCGCCUUCGGAGACACCGACGCCGGAAGCGAGUCCAAAGUAUGAUCAAUAUGGCUGUAUGACAGCGGUGACGGUCGAAUAUGCUCCUUCGAUACGUGCUCAAGCAGCUGCUACGAGCAAGGAGCCUUCAAGCACUGGCCGAGCUCUACUUGCAGAGAGUAACCACAACAUCCUACACCGAUCACCUCAGCAAUCUUCUCUUAGAACAACUCCAUUCCGAAAUUCGGCCACAGGACCACAACUUAGACUCAGCAGAAACUACAGACGCCGGGUGAUCCUUCAUAAGGGAUCUGGAUACAACGACAAGGAAGUCAAGGCUCGAGCUCGGGAAUUUUAUUCCGUGGGCGAGAAUCUCCCAGAGUUGGAACAUUCGGACAACGACGUACCAGACGAGAAUAGACCAGGCUUUACAAGACGACGUAUCGAAAGGUCUCCGGUCGAUGACUAUCCAAUACCUGUCCACGACAAUAUGGCGAUUGCUCCCAAAGAGAACGAAUAUUUCCGCGCGAUCUCAUUUAGACCUACGAAGCAAACGCCCCACGAAUAUCUGGAAAGUCGGGGACAAGUGAUGUGGGACCUGGAAGUACAGAGACUGAUGCAUCGUCAUACCGAGAUCCUGCAAAGAGAAGGUCAAGGUGCUGAGGCAGUAAUAGAUCAACCAAGCUUGGAGCAGCGGAGUCCAGCCAAGCAUCGCGAUACUGGAUCGGGUGCACACCCUCGUCGUGAACAAAAAAGGCAGAGGGUUUCGGAGGAGGCCAAGAUGUACUGA